CAGUCAGCAGCUGUGUUUCCUGCAGAUCCUGAGAGGAAGAAGCAGAGUGGGGAGGAGACACACACACACACACACACACACACACAGGGACUCAGACGCGGUGGAUGUAAGAGUCUGAACUCAACACCUCCAGCUUUAGACACAGGUGAAGGGACAGGUGACGCCACGUACAGCAGUGAAGAGGACAAAAGUCUUUUUCUCUUCUUUCUUAUUUCAAUAGAUAACCAUAAAGAGAGAGAGAGAGAGAGAGAGACUCGUCCACCUCAGCAGGAUGGCUGUCCCAGUGUCUCCCAGCUGUGCUGCGCUCUUCGUCCUAGUCUCCAUCCUGUCUCUCCUUCCGCUCUCAUCCUCUGUCUCCAGCAACUGCUCCUCCACUCCUCUGUUCCGUCCUCGCAUGUUUACGCUCACUUGCAACUCGACACUGGAAGGAAAGCAGAAGGAGGACAUCCAAGCGGCCACGACGGUUCUCCUGGUUCCUCUACUCUACCUUGUCUCUUUUGUGUUCGGUUUCCCCGCUAACCUCCUGGCGCUGUGGGUUCUUCUCUUCCGCACAAAAAAGUUUCCUUCCACUGUUCUGUUAAUGAACCUUACCUGCUUGGACCUCCUUCUUCUCCUCAUGCUUCCUUUCCGCAUCAUCUACCACUUCCAGGGAAACAACUGGGUGUUUGGGGAAGGCUUCUGCCGCCUGCAAAUCGCCCUGUUUUACGGGAACAUGUACGGCUCGGUGAUUUGCCUGGCGCUGAUCGCAGUGGACCGUUACGUGGCUCUGGUGCAUCCGUUUGGUGCCAAAACGCUGCGGAGUCGCAAGACGUCCAUAUUAAUGAGUGUGAUGGUGUGGGUCAUGGUGAUGAUCGCGGCUAUCCCUAUGCUAGCUUCACAACAAACCUACUUCAUAAACAACCUUUCCAUUACAACGUGCCACGAUGCUAUUCCAGAGAAGGAAAAGAAAAACAUCUUCGAGCCGUAUUUUGUCACGCUUUUCUGCCUUUGCUUUCUCCUCCCGUUACUCGUGGUGAUUUUCUGCUACAGCGCCGUGCUGCGCACCCUAGUGGCCGCUGGUAGCCGAUACAGCCACGCGACCCGAGUCACAGCACUCGUGAUGGUGGUUUUUAUCGUCUGUUUGCUGCCCAGUAACAUCCUCCUGCUCAUGAACUACUCCAAAUUAGGCAAAAACAGCGAUUAUGAGGAUUUUAUUGACACAAACAAUGACGACGGCAAUCGACUCUAUGUGCCGUACAUGAUCAGCCUCGCGAUCAGCACCUUCAACAGCUCUAUCGACCCUUUUAUCUUCUACUACGUCUCUGAGGACUUUAGAGAAAGAGCUAGAAAGUUGCUAUCCUGCUCGAAAACCUCCUAUGAAGCGUCUUCUUCUGGAAGUUCCUCAGGGACGAUGAGGUCGAAGGUCACGCUGCUUUCCAUGUCAGGAAAAACGAAGGGACAUUCGGAAAAUGGUGCGUCAAAUGUGUAAAGUGAUCACUUUCAGGUCAAGGGGAGAUUUCACAACAACAACAACAACAACAACAACAACCAUUUCCCCACAGACUGCUGGAUAUUGGAUGUUUUGUUAGCUCGCUGUUAUGCAUUUGAUCUUGUGUGCUUCAUUGCUAACAUACUAAUAAUAAUGAGCUGCUUUUCUAAAUAACUAGCACGCUAACUGUAGCAGUGGGUUAGAGCCAUUCGACUCAGUCCUCCAUCUUAUGAACUCACCCCUGUCCUGGUGACGUAAUGGAACAGCAGGCAUAAUGGACUGGACCAGUGGGAAGUGAAUAGGGGAAGUGGUUUUGGUGGAACAACACCGUAGACGCUCCACCUGAAACUUCUCACAUUUUAUAAAGGAACCUGGAAUGUUUUACUGACGUGAAAGACAAAAAGGGAAAGAAUUUAAAACCUUGAUUUUAACCUUAAAGCUGUAAAACUCAAGCUAAUGAUAAAAGCUGUUCAACUCAAUGUGUGUGUGUGUGUGUGUGUGUGUGUGUGUGUGUGUGUGUGUGUGUGAUUCGGUAUAAACAGGAAGAUGUGUGUGUAUCAGUCAUAUAAACUGUUUAAUGAAGGUGAUAACAUUCUUUAUCUGUGAUUAAUGAAGAGACUUCUGCUGUGUUUAUGAAGGAUGUAAAUAAGCUUCUGAUGCAUAUUUACUGUUAAAAUAUAAAAUCUGCAAAAUCUAUAUAGUUAUAAAGUUAUAUUAAGUUAUUCUCCUGCAUUGUUUGACUCAUGAGGUUUCAGGGAUCUGUUUGAGGAACAGCUGCAACCAAGUGAUCGGCUUUUUUACAUGAAUAUUGUGAUAUUGUGAUAUUAAUAACUGUAUUAUAACUCAUCCUACACAAACACCUGUUUACUGUAAGUAUGCUUUAAUAAACUUUCCUAGUUACAGCUUUGUUUCUUCUUAAAUAAAACCUUUAAAUAUCCUUAUUAAACUUUUUGCAGUGUGAAACAUAAAUGUUGUAAUACUGUAUGUUAUGGUUUCUAUAGUAACGGGACAGUUAGGACAAACGGUCCACUAAUAAUAAAUA